AUGUCGUCAAGUGCGAAUGACUCAAUUGAAAAUCCAACUCGAACGGGUUUGCCGAGAUCAAUUGUAAUGACGAUCAUAUUGUAUUUGAUUGUCAAUCUUUGUGUUCACAUUCUAUUCUUUCUAACAACUGUUUAUCAUAAUUAUUGGCAAAUAUUCCAAAUUUCCAAAUCUUUAACAGAUACCACUGAGAACAACUUGAAUUCAACUUUAUCAUUGGAUAUUGAGCAAUCAUCAUCCGAUGUUCUUCAACUUGAGACAUCCAGACCUUGUCUGAAGAAGAAAAUCUUUUCCACAUCUUCUUCAUCGUCAUCAUCGCUAUUAUCACAUAUGAUUCUCGAAUCGGAAACCAUGCUAAUUCGAACCAUCCGAUCAUUUGGUCUAUUUCUAGUUACAUCUCUUCUCAUCGUCAAUUGGCUGUGUUUGAUCAUCUAUCUAUAUCCUAUUUUUUAUCCAAACUCUAUCCAAUAUCCGACAACUCUAUGUCUUGUCCAAAGUUUCUCUCUACAUGUCUUAACAUUAUUUCAUUUGAAUUUAACCAUUACCAUUCGACUUUUCUGGUAUUUGUGUUUUAAAUUUAAUCAAUAUUGGCAGACAAUAACCUAUCGUCGUUUAUGCGUGAUUUUAUUCGUUUUGUUCGUCUACAUAUGUAUCUUCACUUGGCCGACAAUAACGGAUGAGUGGGCGUCGAUCCGAUUUGAUUCCAUUCUCGAAAUUUGCAUUGUUAAUUAUAUAUUUCGUUUAUCAUAUACAUUUUUUGUUUUGUCAUUCACAUGUUUUAUUCCAUACUCUGUUUUAAUCUUGACACAUUAUCGUCAAAUGAAAUGUAUUCAACGGCGCAUAAUUAAAUAUCUAUUGACAUUCAAAAUCGAUCAACAUCAGCAAGGUUUGAUUUAUGAACAACAAAAACGAUUCCAAUCGGCUUCGUCGAUCAUCUUGAUUUGGACAUUAUGUAACAUUUUACUCUUAAUCUCCAUUCAUGUUCCAAUUGAACAUCAACCUAUGAUAAAAUCAAUCAUAUUCUAUAUUCAAAUGCUGCGAUUCGUUCUUGAUCCGAUUUUGUAUAUGUUCGUGUUUCGUUCAUUGUCGAUAAUCACAUUACUAAGACCAACAAGCGAAGUGUAUUUCUAG